ACCAUGGAUGACGUAAGAAAAGAUGACCAUUCGGUAGAUGAGUUGGAUGCCAAUCAGGUCAAAGUAUUCCUGUGGUGCAGCCCUCGGACCGUAUCAACUGCCUUCACCAAAUGCAUGAGUUUUAUCGAAGGAAUGGAGAUCUGGUCGGAACCAUUUGUCUAUUGUUAUCUGUCGUCCAAAGAAGUGAAGAAGAAACUCAAUGUCGAUCUUCCUUUCGUUCUCGAAGGUAACGAAGACAUCUACGCGAAGACCACGGAGCUCAUACGGACCUUCACAGGGUCUAACGUAAUCACCGAACGAAUUGUGUACGCUAACGUCAAACCAAGGCUUGAGGCAGCUAAAGGGCGCUAUGUCUUUGUCAAAGACAUGUGUCUUGGUAUCAGCAAGGAAACCUACCAAUACCUUCCCAAAGGCUUCAGGCAUACGUUUCUCAUUCGCACACCAGAGAGGGCCCUAUACUCUUUCCGUAACUCCUACUACCAUCACGGUAAAUCUCACGGCCUCCUGGAAGGUCCCGCAGCCGACUACGACACAUUCGACGUCACGCGCGACGACCCGCACAUGGACGACGGCUACUAUACCCUGGCUGUCUACGAGUUCUGGAAGUACGUCCGCUCUGAGUUGGAAGAGGAACCAAUCGUCAUCGACGCCGAUGAUCUUCUGACACAUCCAAAGGAGAUGUUGAAGAAGUAUUGCGAGUUGGUUGGCCUUCCCUUUAGCGAGUCGCUUCUCCAGUGGGACUCGUCCUUAGACACCUUCAAGACGUGGAAGCAGUGCGGGGACGACCAACUGAUGCAGAUGGCGGAUUUCUACGGCAGGGCGAUGCACAGCUCAUGUUUCAUGCCGCCAAGUAAACAGGUACCACGUGACCAAAUGACUCCUGACGUCAUAAAGGGAAUCGAGAUGACGAUGGCCUCGUAUCAGGAGAUGUACGAGCAUCGGAUCAAAAUUUAGAGACAUCUUUGACAUAAAACAUAUGUAGGGGGUUGCUUUUAUUUCUGCAUCCAUGCAUUUCAUAUGAUCGAAGAUUAUAAUAAUAGUCAGGCGUGGAUCCCGGGGACAGAACUCACGGGCUCGUGCCACCCUUACUUUCUCAAAAUCUGAAUUUAAAGAAUAUACUGUGGCAUGCUCUUUCCCUUCUAAUUUUGUGACCCUCUAUAGGGAAAGUGGGGAUGAAAAUAAGCCCCCUUUUGUCUUUUUUAAAAUGUAGCUUGAUUUUUUCUAGGCAGAGAAAGUAAC